AUGAGCAAUCUUCAAACUGUGAGAUACUUUAUUUUCUCUAAUAAGCAGGUGUCGAAGCAACUGGAGCCAUGGUGUGAACUUAAAGACAAAGUGGUUCUUGUGACAGGAGCUUCCUCUGGUAUAGGAAGAGAGAUCUGUCUAGACCUAGCCAAAGCUGGCUGCAAGAUUAUCGCAGCAGCUCGUCGUGUCGAUCGUCUAAAAUCUCUCUGCUCUGAAAUCAACAUAACCGGAGUCCAAGCCGCUUCCCUUGAGCUAGACGUUUCAUCAGACGCAGCCACCAUUCAACAAGCAGUUAAAGAAGCUUGGAAAGUCUUCGGAAAGAUCGAUGCCUUGGUCAACAAUGCUGGAAUCAGAGGCACUGUCAAGUCUAGUUUGGAUCUAUCAGAAAACGAAUGGGACAAAGUAUUUAAAACCAACUUAAUGGGAGCUUGGUUGGUAUUAGGGAUGUCAAAUGGGUUAGCUGUCCAUGGAUAG